CGUUGACCAAAGUCGCGUGACACACACCCAUCAUUGAAACCCACGCCGUAGGUCGCAUGAAGAAGUGCAUUGUCCUCAUCUCAAGGCAGAGUUUCUCUGCUGAAAACAAGAGCAACAGUGCGUCGCUCGACGCGAUCUUUAACGCCAAGAAAAUCAAACGCGUGGAAAUCGAUGGAUCAGCCGAAGAAAACACACAACUGCGCAACGACCUGUUCGCGAUCAGCGGUGUCCGCGGCACGUACCCGCAGGUGUUCUUCCAGGUCGAAGGGUCCGACAAACCUGAAUUCGUCGGCCUCUUUGACACGAUUCAGGAAAUGAACGAGAUGAACGACUUGCCGGCCGACUUUAUUCAACAGAACAACAUCGUUACCUUCGACGCUGUCUUUGCUGACGUUGAGCGAAUCUAAGUGUCGUUGGCCCACUCGAUUCACAUCCCUCCGUUGCCGUUCCCUGCGACCUUCGAACGGCGACGAUGCCCUAGAUCCACUCCUUCCUUGACGACAUAACUAUCAUGCAUUUAACACCCUUUCCGAUCGCCAUUGCGCGCACUACCCGG